AUGUGGGGCCCGACGCGCGUUGAACUUGUUGAACUUGUUGAACGCCCGCGAAGGAGGCCCGACUCGGAUGACGACGACGACGAAUGUCCCGCUCGCCGCCUGGACGCCGUCGCGAAGCACCCGCGCGACGCCGCCGCGGACGUCCCCGGCCUCGUCGCGCGGGCGAACGUCACGUUCGAGACGGUCGGGGACCUGAGCGCCGUUCUCGCGCGUUCUUCGCGCGUCGAUUCGUCUGUGUUCGCGCCGACGCCGGAUUUGUCCAAGAGUUUCAUUCGCUCGACGCCGAGCUUGACCUCGGCGGCGACGACCUUUCGCCGGGCGGCGGUCACCGGGGACCGAGGCUCCGCGCGGGACUUCGGGCGCGGGCUCUCGACGCCGGGGUUUUCCUCGCGACGAGCGCCGUUCCAUCCGCCGAGGAGGCGCGGGGCGAUGCGCGCGCCCCUGAACGCUCCCUCGACGUGAUAG